AUGCUUAACGUCACUAAGGCCAAUCAACUUAAUGCCCAAGCUUCCGGUAUGCUAAUUGAUGCCGGAACACUAUAUACUCAAGCCAACUUACUAGCCGGUAAAGCUAAGGGUCAAACUGCUCUAGAUGAUGAGGCACUUAAACAAAAAGCUGGUGAAACUCCUAAUGAUGGACUCCGUGGACUGGCCAAAACCCUCUAUGAUAGUGCCAAAGCACUUCAAGAUGCAGUUAGUGCUGGUGCUGGUGAUGGUGAUGAAAAGGCUGCCGAAAAUCUUGCCACUGCUGUCGGUCAAACUGAAUCCACAGGAAUUCGAAAUGCACUCAAACUACUUGCUGAAGAACAAACUACUUCUCAACUAUCUAAGAAGGCCCAGGAUGUUAGAGAUGCAUACGAAAAAGGCACUAAUGGCGUAAAACCUAAAUUCGAAGCAGUUAAGGGUAAAAAAGAAACAUAUAAAAGUGCUGGUAAAGAAUCCGAGUAUCAAGCAGUUGUUGAGGCCUGGGAAGCUUUCAAUGCUCUAUAUGAUGCUGAUCUCAAAAAACUUGCCAAAGAACUAAAUGGAGCAGCCAAUACACUCAGUGGUAGUCCGACUGUUACUACUGCCCAAAACUUCAAAGAAGAAUAUGACGCAUUCAAACUCAAAGGCAAAUCCACCAUCACCAUCACCGGCGUCGGCAACAGCGACAAAAAAAACAUCACCAUUACCAAUCUACCUAACAUCAACGACACAUUUAAACCUAGACAAAUCAAGUUUUGGGUUAUCAUAUUUCCAUCAAUCGUUAGUCAGUGGUUAAACUUAAUCACAUAUGUAAUACUAUAG